AAACCUGGAGCAGAUCUAGAAAGGAACUAGGGAUGGGAUUGAGGGCUGGGCCUCAGCGGCCGAACUAAAGUUUAGGCCUGAGAUAAUGGGGAGGUGCUAAGGUUAAAGUGGAACAAAGAGGGAGAGGCCCGAAUGAACUGGGAGGACCCGGAUGAAGAGCGCAGCGGAAGCUCAGAUUGGGACUAAGACAACGCAGCCUAGAGCGGAGGGAGGCGGGAGACUGGGCAAGCAUGAGGCGGAGUUAAGGGCUGGACUGGGGCGAAGCUGAGAUUGGGGUUUACGUUGGACUCGGCCAAGCUGAGGUUCAGGGUUGGACUUCUGCGAGGAAGAGUCUUGUAGAGACGAAGAACUAGGCUGAGAGAUAUGUGGGUUAGGACGACACUGAGGAUUGAAAGGUGGACUAAGGAAAAAACUGAGGACGAUGCCAGCUGGUGGGACGACAGCAGCACCGGUCGGGGGGAGCGCCUCAGCUCGCCAGACUGGGAGGAUUCUGUACAAAUGAGCAUCACCUAUAUAAACAGGUUACCCAGCUGGGAGAGAGGACAUCUGCUGGCUGGUGUGGCAUCCAGCACUGACGCAUCUACCUUCUCUGAAGGUGAAUUCAAGGACACUGACAGGUGCUGCUGGAAACACAGAAAGUGCACCGGGCACAUCAUCCAUCCCUUCACCUCUGACUAUGGCCACCACGACGUGCACCUGCACUCUAUCAGCCACUGUGACUGUGAUUCUAGGCUGAAGGACUGCUCAGAGAAGACAUACAGCAGUUCCGGAGAUGUGGGCCCAACCUGCUCUCAAGAUGUGGACUCAGCCUGUUUCAACAUCAUCCAGUGCCCAUGCUUUGAGCUCAUCCCAGAGGAAGAGUGUGUGGAGCGGUUCUGGUGUGGCUGGUGCAAAAGCUACAGGCCUGUCUCUGUGGCAGUGAUCCACCAUCCCAUCCACCAUGAGUGCAGGGCAGAUGACCUAAACCAAGAAGAGGAAGAGGAGGAGGAGGAGGAAGAAAGCAAGCCUCCCAUCCCGACCCAGGUGGGGCCCCCCGCCCUCCCCACCAACACAGGUAUGGGCAUGGUCACAGGUACCCCUGACUUAGCAGCUCCCAUCACCAUCUGGCGUUCCGAAAGCCCCACAGGGAAGUCCCAGGGCAGUAAGGUGAUCAAGAAGAUAAAGAAGAAAAAGGAAAAAGAGAAAGAAAAGGAGGAGGAGACGGAUGAAAAGGCGAAGGUGAAGAAAAAAGUCAAGAAGGGCAAGUUGACUAAGAAGAAAAGCCCAGUUAAAUCAGAAUCACCUCCAGACUUAAACCGAUCGUUCAGCCCAAGAGAGUUGGCCAGGAUGUCAGAGUCCAGCCCAGACAGCUGGCAAGAUCUGGAGAGUGAGGACAGUUACAAUGACCCUGGGCGAGAGGAACCCUCCAAUGGGGAUAUUGUGGAGUCUUCAUCAUCCAGGAAGAGAGAGAAGAACGGGGUCCAGGCCAAGAAGCCAGGGAUGAAGACCUCGCCAGUCAAGAAGGUCAACAAGAGGAAAUCUCCCCCAGCAUCAAACCCCAAUCUCAGUUGAGGCCAGGGCGACCAGGGUGAAGAAUAAAUGCGAUCAAGCCUGUAGCUGACCCCCUGCUUCUCUCUCCCUCCAACCUGGCUACCUCUGGGGGGAGAGGGCAGCCUCUGGGCAUAACUGGAGCCAAGGGGCUAAGGAGCUGCAGGUGUUUCUGAAGGGCAAUCCAUCUUUCAAGAGGAAGCCCAGAGAAGGCAGGUAGGAGGGCAGGGAAGGGGCACAGCCUGUUUCUCUGUAACACCCUAGAUCCAGGGCAGCAGCACCUCUGGGUGGGAAGGAGGCUUCCUGUCUACUGGGAGACAGGUCUGUGCAAAAUCCACUUGGUGAUAGGCAUUGUGUGCAGUGAUACCACUAAUAAAUUGAACCUUUUAACCCACUCCGUGCAGCCUUGCCUUUCCCUACUCUAAGUGGCCCUGGGGCAGGUGCUGGUGGCAUCAAAAGGAACAUGAACCUUCCCAGCUGGUGUGGCCCUGCUCCUGCUAGGCCCUUCUAGGCCUUUUGUGCUGAAGGGAAAGGAACUGAAUUCCUGUCAGAAGGCGAGCCCCU